ACGUGCCGCGUGACGUGGCGGAGAGCGGAAGAGCUUGUUUGUGUUUUGGUUCUGAGGGGAAGUUGCGAGAAGAAAGAAAGGAGGAGACGUGACGGGAUUCUUGAAAUUAUCAUCUUGGCUUCCCCCCAGCCAUCUCGCCAUUAGUGCCCCUGGGGUUCCGUCCGUGUGUCUAUAUUAAAGCGGUGGCAUUAAAAAGUUCGGCCUCGUCGUCUGGCUCUUGACAGCAGAGGUGCAGAUAGUGAAGUUUGGCCCACGAGAUAGCGAAGAUUCUGAUUAGGUCAUGGCCAGUCGAGGAGGAGCUUCACGACCCAACGGACCCAACGCUGGGAACAAGAUCUGUCAGUUCAAGCUGGUGCUGUUGGGGGAAUCAGCUGUUGGGAAGUCCAGCUUGGUGCUUCGCUUCGUCAAAGGCCAGUUCCAUGAAUUCCAGGAAAGCACAAUAGGAGCGGCCUUUCUCACCCAGACAGUGUGUCUAGAUGACACAACAGUGAAGUUUGAAAUCUGGGACACUGCAGGUCAAGAGCGUUACCACAGUUUGGCGCCCAUGUAUUACAGAGGAGCACAAGCUGCCAUUGUGGUCUACGACAUCACGAACGAGGAGUCCUUUGCACGGGCAAAGAACUGGGUGAAGGAGCUGCAAAGACAAGCUAGCCCUAAUAUAGUCAUCGCUCUGUCGGGAAACAAAGCCGAUCUAGCCAACAAGAGAGCCGUUGACUUUCAGGAGGCUCAGUCUUACGCCGAUGACAACAGUUUACUUUUCAUGGAGACAUCAGCCAAGACAUCUAUGAAUGUGAAUGAGAUAUUUAUGGCUAUUGCAAAGAGAUUGCCAAAAAGUGAGCCUCAAGCUCCAGGAGCCACCAGUGGUCGAACCCGGGGGGUGGACCUGACGGAAACCGCCCAGCCAGCCAAGGCUCCAUGCUGCUCAAACUAACAUGAAGAACACACUUUUCUUAGACCUGUAUACUAGUAACUAAUGUGGUCCAUGCCCCAGAUGCCACUGCAGCUACUAAUGUCACCUGUUUAAAAC